CUCCCACUAUGUUUCUAACCAAGUACAGAUGAAGUAACCUUCUUGUAGAGUUUGAUCCUCCACACAGAGCUGUCCAGAUUUCUCUUGAUUGGCUUCUUUCAGCACUUAAGGACUGGUUUUUUGGAAUGUAAACCUGUUCUCUUCCCCAUGCACAGAGUGAUUAUUGAUACAUGACUGCAUCAAUACAGAAAAGUUGUGAGCAAUUCUGACAUAAAAUGAUGAAACUACCCUGUUUUCUGUUGUUUGUUUUGGUCUUCUGCUACCUGAAAAGCAUAAAUGCCAAAAGAGAAAAGAACAACAGCAAUAAAGAUAAAAUUAAGUUCCCAACUUCUGGUCAGUUGGUAACAAAGGACAACCAUACUUGUGCCUGGGAAAUAUCUGGUGAUGAAGAUGUUGUUUUCCUUGUGAAUUGCAACCUGCCAGAUAGUAAAAAUUACUGGUGCAAGUACAUGGGGAGUCCACAGCAAUGUCCCGCCUACAGCACAAAGGCUAUCCAUUACUGGAAAGAAAUCAUUGGCCGAAUAAAGAAAAAGAAAAAUGCCUGUGAAAACAAAACCCUGAAACCAAGAAUAUGUAAAAGGGGUUCAGCAGCAUCUCAUUUAAGGCUUGUAGAAAAAAAUCAGAGCCUGCCAAAAGCUGAUGAAAAGGAAAGACGGAAGGGGAGUGGACGGAGGAAGGAUUCUGAAAAGGCCAACUCAGAAUCAAGUGAACCACAACAUGCUGCAAGUGCUUUUGAGCAGCAUGGCAAAUCGAGGAAAAUUAUAUCUAAACAGGCAGCUAAAGAAGAACUGACAUCUGCUCCAACAGGAGAGGUCAAUGAUGAAAAAGUCAGUGAUGACAAUUUGGAUUUUAAUGAGGGCCUUUCAGAAGAAUACUGCAAUGAGAAAUGGCAGAGCUUUUGCUCACUGUUGGUCAGUUUCUGGAACGGUUAAAUGACCCUUAAAUAAUUAGUAGCUAUAGUAUUUUAUAGCCCGAAUGUAUGUAUCACAUCACUCAGUAAACGUAAAAUAUAUAACAAAAGGAAGUUGUAAAUUUAUUUUGUAUGGAUUAACAAUUUCCUAACACAACUGAUAAAAUGCUCUUUAAAGUUUUGGGGCCCUAAUCUUGAUUAUGUAGAACUUAAAAUGGCUGUUCCUAAAGUAAACUGCUAACAAGUCUGAACCACAAAAUAAGUCACUGGACAUUGUAAUAGAUAUCUGAUUUUAGCUAUUGCAUGCAAUAAUAAAGAUUCAUUUUAUAUAA